GAAGAUAUUGUUUUGAAAAGUCAUAUGAAUAGAGAAUCAGACGAUGAUGAAUUAGAUGGCAAAAAUUCAGACGUAUCUACUGUAAAUGAUGAAUCAGAAGACGUUGAAGAAAAAAUGAAAAGAAAUGAUACAUCUGAAAUAUCGGAGGAUAGUAGUCAACAUAUUGAGAAUAAUCAACAGGAAAAUGAUAUGAAAACUGUUGGUGAUGUGGGAACCAUACAUGUACAAAACGAAAUUAAUGAUUCUGUUACAGGAGAAAAUAAAGAACAAACAAUUCAUGGUGAUGAAGGGGUAAGAUUAAGUCAUAAAGAUAUACAUAAAAUUAAUCUUGAAGAUAAAAAUAGUAAUAUAUUACAUUUAAAAGAUAUGAGAAAUGAGGAAAACGAAAGAAAACAGUUAGCUAAUCAAAACAUUAAUAUUAGUCAACAAAGGGAUUUACAAGAACAUGGAUUCCAUACCAUGAAUAAUCUACAUGGAGAUGGAGUUUCCGAAGGAAGUCAAAUUAAUCAUGGUAAUCCAGUAAAAAGACAAGAUAGGGGGAAACAUUCUGGGAAUGUUUUAAAUAUGGGAUCUAAUAAUAAUAAUUUUAAUAAUAUUCCAAGUAGAUAUAAUUUAUAUGAUAAAAAAUUAAAUUUAGAUCUUUAUGUAAACAGAAAUGAUAGUACAACAAAAGAAUUAAUAAAGAAAUUAGCAGAAAUAAAUAAAUGUGAGAACGAAAUUUCUGCAAAAUAUUGUUCCGAUAUGAUUGAUAAAGAAAUCCCAUUAAAAACAUGCACUAAAGAAAAAACAAUAAAUUUGUGUUGUGCAGUAGCAGAUUACUGUUUGAGCUAUUUUACAUAUGAUUCAAAGGAAUAUUCUAAUUGUACGAAAAGGGAAUUUGAAGAUCCAUCUUAUACAUGUUUCAGAAAGAAGGGUUUUUCAAGUAUGCCAUAUUAUGCAGGAGCAGGUGUGUUAUUUAUUAUAUUGGUUAUUGUAGGUGCAUCACAAGCCAAAGAUCAAAGUUCUGAUGAAGUUCUGAAUGAGAAUAAUGAGAAUAAUUUUACAUUUGAAGUUACUGAUAAUUUAGAUAAAUUAUCCAAUAUGUUCAAUCAACAAGUACAAGAAACUAAUAUCAAGGAUUUUUCUGAAUACAAUGAGGAUAUAAAUGCAUGUUAA